AUGAAUUCCUUGCAAUAUGGAAAGAAGCAGACGGUAACGGCUAUACCUAAGGAGAGUGAUUCUUCUCUCAUUGCCUCGUAUCGUCCGAUUAGCAUAACUCCACCCCAUCAAGUUCGCCAUAAGAUCCUUGCUUGGCUUGUUAGAAGAAAUUCGAUUCCGCCUGAGCAGCAUGGCUUUUUGAGUGGUGCGUCCACAGUAACCCAGCUGGCUGACUGCAAAAAGUACAACGAGUCUUCACAAGAAUCCUGUUUCACAGAUGCCAGCCUAGUUCCGGGUACACUUUUUCUAGCAUUCCAAGGUUUGAGAGGAGAACUAAAAAUCAAACGAGUAAAUAUUGGGUUUCAAGCCAUGUCGUGGCCGCAACACCAAGCUGUCCCUUCAUAUAAGAGUUCUGAUGGGUAUUUCCAAGCCAAGACUCUUAACUCCCUUUUUUCCGAGGCGGAAGAUGGCUGCAGUUGCUCCCAUCUGACGUUUUGGAAGCAGGCAAUAUAUCGGCCUUCAAAAGGAGGCUGA